AUGGGCGGCAGCGCACCUCCGACAGGCGGGGGCGGUGGAGUUCACGAAGACGGCGGUCCAGAGAUUUCAGAUAAUUCUACUUCAUACCGGACCGAGGACUCCGCCCAGCGGGUACUUCCGGGGCCGCCUUUCCGCUUCCGUUCGCACGGCGUCGUUACGCGAGAGGAGAGCGGUGAGGAGCAAAAGAAGGGGCCUGCCUAUUCUGUUUCCAAGUCUAAGGAGAAGGCGCCGGAGAGACCGUCCCUGGAGGCCAGGCAGGCAGAUACGGAGCCUCGAGACAGCAUCCGUAGGUCUGCAGAGACCCCCCACCUGGGGAAGGGGACAUCCAGAUGCCAGUGGCCUUCUGCUUCAUCUGAAGUUGAAGAGAAACCUGAGCCUGCAAAGUCAAGCAAGAAAAAAAUUGCCAUCCCACAAAUCGUCAUCACACGCCCCUCCAACGAGACUCUCCUCAGCUGCAGCUCCAUGGAAAUCAAAGAGCAGAAGACCAUCAAGGAGCAUGCUGGUUGGGGCCCCCUUGCCCGGCACAGGAACCCCAGCACAGUGGACGCAUACAGUUCAAAAGACAGGGAAUAAACGCGUGCUGUGGAGUCCUGUUGUUACUCACGCGGCAGUGCAGGAGAACUGGACUCAGCUUCAUCUCGGUAACAAUGGCAGAAGUGCCACCUGCCUUUCGAGGAGCUGCAGUUGCCCCACAGUGAACCAGCUUCUGCCCCGGGGACUACCUCGACCUCAUCUGUUCCAGAGCUGCGUGCAGCCUGACGGAGGGCAGCAGGAGUGACUCCUGCCCGACAGUGGACUGUGGUAGCAGUGAAUCAGUCAGUCUGUCCCUGAGCCUUGGCCACUAUGCAGAGGGAUAAGCAGGCAGCAGCUCACACUCUGACCCGCGGUCGGCAGGUCACAUUCUUCCUGGACCCUUUAGAGUGUAGUUGUAAGUGCUGGAAGUUACAGUGAAUGAGGUGUCCCCAAACUUUAAGGUGUGAUGUUCCAGAACGAGAAGUGCAGUCACCUUACAGAGGCCCAGGGGCUCUGAACUUGACUAUGGCCUGACCCACAUGAAGAAUGUGGAGUGUGCAGUAUGUCCGGGGUAGCGCAGCUUUGGAAGUGGCGCAUCAGCACUGUCUGGGAGGAGGGAACUGAACUAACAACUCCGGUCUUCCUUGCUGGUGCACAAGGGCUCUGGUGGUGAGGGCCAUUAGGGUACCUGAGUCCAAUGCUGUUAGAUAUGCUCCUCAUCCUCACCAGCAGCCUUCGGGUCAGGCUCAAGCCUGCUCCAGGUGUCAGUGAGCUCACCCGUCUAGUCUGUGACCGUGUGCUUAGCUUCCCUGUUUAUAGACAGGUAGGCAGGCUUUACACAGUAUGCCCUAGGUGCUGACAUCUGGUGGGCUAACAGACCCAGGUGACAGCACAGUCCCUGGGUGGCCAUGUUCACCAAGGUUAUGGACUCAACCCAGAGGAGCUAGGGGAGGGGCCUGGGGCCUGUCUCUACGGCUCUAGGCAGUAUCUGAGCAGUUUCUGAUACAUAAGUACAGACACACAUAAGUACAAAUACUCGUGUACACACACGCAUAAUGUAUACAUGUGUACACACUGCAUACAUACAUACCCAUAUGUAUACACACGUACAUGCAUAUAUAUAGUUCUAUAACCUAAGUGAUGACUUUGACAAUUUUUCAAAAUCAGAAAAGCAUGAAGAUAUAACAUUGUUUAAAUAUUGUUCUGUGUAAAUGAGUUUUAAACUGUUCAGGGUUAAUGCUUGGCAGAAGCCUGA